CUGCUAAUGAUGAGGGCCGACGUGAGGGAGGACAAGGAAGCCACUGUUGCACGAUUUCUUCACGGCCUCAAUCGAGAAAUUCGGAAUGAACUCGAUCUCAGGUCCUUCGUUGAGUUAGAAGAAGCAGUACACUUGGCCGUCAAGAUUGAGAAACAACAGAAGGCACUCGCAGGCAGAAGAAUAUUGAAUCAUAAGGUGGAACCAGAGGUCGUGGUUGAGGCGAGUAGGACAGCACCAGUCAAGCCUGCUCCGAGAAACUCGACGCCAGCACAGCAGGAGCGGGUUGGUCCAUCCAGCAGCUCGAUCCAAUGCUUUAAAUCCCAUGGGCGAGGCCACAAGGCAAGCCAAUGCCCCAACCUCAAAACAAUGCUACUACGAGACGGGGAGUAUGUUUCUGAUGAUGAAAUUGAAAACAGGACUCCAAUUGUGCGUAAAUAAUCAUCAGGGGAAGGAGAUGAUGAGGAAAUCGGAGCUGCGCCUGGGCCAUUCCUAUCCGGGAUGAAUUUGCGGGCCUUAUCAGUAGAGGGCGAGACAAGCAAUGAUCAACGCACCAAUUUGUUCCACACCAGGUGUCUCGUUAAUGGCAAAUGUUUGUCGGUGGUUGUCGACGGUGGGAGCUGCACAAACGUCAUCAGUCUCGAGGCCGUCCAGAAAUUGGGACUCGAAACGAACAAGCACCCAGAGCCGUACAGCUUACACUGGUUGAACGACUACGGUGCAAUCAAGGUGACUCGACGAGCACGUGUGGCAUUUGAGAUUGGUGGCUAUAAGGACGAGGUCUUGUGCGACGUUGCGCCGAUGCAAGCAGCACAUCUGUUGCUCGGCAGGCCCUGGCAGUAUGAACGAGCCGUUACGCACGAUGGCGGGUCCAAUUGUUACCGAUUCGAGUACAAUGGUAGGCGGGUAGUCCUCAAACCAUUGACUCCGUCGGAAGUUCGCUCCGACCAGCAACAAAUGGCGUUGAUGCGAGCUCGAGAAGGAGGAGAAACGGGGAAGACACGAAAAAGAAUAGGUCUGUUGCGUGUGGGGUUCAUGCUGACUGCUUUGAGUAGGCCUACACACCCUCCACUGAUCGCGGCCAGCGUGCCCUGUUUUUCUUCUCCGACGCGGCAGGGGAAGAGAGAGGGUGAAUUGGGUGGAGCAUUGGAGAGCGAUUCGAAUCAAUCCGCCCAUGCCACCAUGUUUGUUUCCACCCCAGGAAUGUGUAGAACUGAUCAGAACAGGCCGAGCAGCCUCGAGGAGGAAACGCCCAAUUUGGCGAUUUGGGGUCAAAAGGAGCAGAACUUCGAUAAGCAGAGACCCAAGUCGAUUCAUAAUAUCCGAGUCGAUUCGACGCAAUUGGACAGUUGGAUUCGAUUCCUGGAGUCUUGGGGAUGGUGUAGAAGCGACGAAAGCGGCUCGGGGACGCCUGGAUUGAAUUUCCCCAAUUUCAAGUUUCCAUCGCCGGAUUCUGGGUUCCCCUCGCCGGAUUCCGGAAAAUUCAAAUUUUCCGACGGCGGGAAAGGCACAAAUGGCGCCUCCAUCAUGAAUAAGUGUGAUACGGACAUGGGGAUGGAUGGAAGAGGGUCUGGGACGCGAGGCAAGCAGGAUUCAGCACUAUGGGAGGGCCAGACUCACCAACCCGGCGGUUUUGAACACUCGCCGACGAUCUGUUUUCCGGCAGCCAAGACUGACUUUUUCGAGCCUUUCUGGGCAUCAGUCAUUGAUGAUUUCCAUCGCAAAAGUGAGCCAGCUUUGAGGGCAAAGCUUUUUAAAGAAGGGGGGCUUGAUAUGAUCUCAUUUAGCCUCUUGAUGAAGCUCCAAUUGAGCUCCAAAAGAUCUAUCAAUGUUGGAAAGAAAAACGGAAGAAUCUGGCUAAGUGUUCGUAUUGUUUCGUGGUGCCUACUUUACAGGUUCAUAUCGUACAUUCUGGUUGAUGGAAAUACGAGAGGAAGGGUGGAAAGUGAAGAGCUCGUGUUUGUUUAUCAAUUUGAAGGGUCGUUUGCACCAGCUCGAGCCUUCAAGACCCUGAACAAAAAGAGUGUCAAGUUGCUAUGGUAAAACUGGAAGAAUGCCUGUUUUUGACUAAGUCUGGAAACAGUUUCCGACACCAACUUUGGAGGCUUAUGAAAUGCGAAUGGAGUAUUGUCGACGGGCAAGAAGAGCUGGAAAUUAAACUACAAAAACAGGAGUACAAACGACUGAAGGCUGAUUGGAACGUUGAUCCUUGGAAGGCUACAUUCGAGGGCUUCAAAGAUGCUAUGGAGACUGGUAUCAUUGCUUGCGCAGGAAGGCAGCAGCUUGGACGAGAAGCAACUGGGUUUUGUUACCUUUUAGAAUUAGGAUUCUGUUUCCUUGUCAAACUAGAGUUAGAUAUUUAUUUCCUUGUUAGUUUAGAGUUAGAAUUAGGUUGUUUGUUGUCUAUUUAAAGGCUUGAAUGCCUCGUGUACAAGGGCAUGAGUUGAUGAAUAAAAGUUGAGACUUGUCUUCCAAAGCUUGUGAGUUGGUUGAGUUCCAGCUACGAGUUGCUUCGUAUCGAUUGAAAACGCAUCAAUCGUGGCCGAGCUUCACUUCAAACCAAUCGAGCCUUCUUCCGCGUGAAAGAUUGCACCUUUGGUCCGUUUUAUUUGCGUUUUAAAUUGCUUACACUCAAGUCUCGUUGGAAGAGAGUUGAGGUGUGCACUUUGAUCCCCUACAAGCACAACCGUGCUCGUAUUAUAUUGGCAAGCUUUCCAAAUGACUGCAAUGCUGCUGCAACAAUCAACGAUAUAUCUCCUCAUCUAUGUUUUAUAUGCUUAUUGCACUUGGCCAACGAGCAUGGGUUGAAAAUCCACGGCACCACCUCCUUAGACCAUCUCAGCAUCCAUCUCCCCCCAACAGAAAUAGAUUAGAGAGUUCCAUAGACCAACAUGGAUCUUUGUUUGUACUGCUUAAAAGAAAUUCAUGUAUGGAAGUUUGGUUUAGGAAAAUGCUUGUUCGGUUGUAAUGUAGUGCUUGCCUAUCAUAGUUUUGGCAAAGCUAGUGUUCAUAAAUUGUCGGUGUAGUUUCAGAGAAAGGGUUGACAAAAAAUGUAGAGUGACAUCCGUCAUUUGCUCUCUGUGUUAGCUUUAUGUCACAAGUUGUAAUCUAGCAGCACUUGUGAGAUGAUAAAUCUAAUAACGGGCUGCACUUUGC